AAAGCAAAAAACCACAUUACUUUUUUUUUCUUUCUCGGCAGCCCCUAAGUUGUUAUUAGUUAGCUCCUUUGGGUCUUAAGUCUUGGGUCUUGGGUCUUGGGUCUUGGAUUUAGCAGAUGCAGCCCUAGAGUUAAUAAUCCUCAAUGAAGACUUAAUACUACUCCAUAUAUACAUCCCAGCUAAAAAUCCUCAGCACUUAUCUCUUCCCUUUUGUCUUUUUAAAACCCCAUGAUCCUUGACUUUCUUCUUUUACCCCGAUUUUUUCUUGCGGCUGAGACUAAUUUACUCUUUGUCCGCUACUUGACGACUGGGUUGCACUGCCGCUUAUUACUCGUCCGAUACCUUUUCCCAAUUUAAGUGCCUUAGGUACCUAUCUCACGUCGACAUUCACUCUAUACAAAAAAGCCAUAUAACAAACAGGUCUCGCUGCUAACUGCUGUCCUUACCGUCUUCAUUCUUUUACUACCGGUACUAGUCGAGUCUAUCUAAACUCUAGAGCGACGUAAACAGCAAUCAAUAUACGCAAUGGCUUAUAACAGACCAUACAAUCCCGAUGAACUGCCAAGAUUCGCAGAACCCGACCCGGUACGCAAAGGCGGCGCGCCUCACCCGUCCUCUCGCUACGAAUCCAAGCCUCAACCGCCUGUUCCUAGCACCCGACACGAUUCUCUUCCGACUCGUCGCACAGACACAGGACGUUUGACACCUACUGGUUACGGCCCGAGCGGUUAUAGCAACAAUAGUGGUAGUAGCCAUAGCAACAGUUACGACUACGGCUAUAGGCCGAACCUGCAAUCUACUAUGUCACCGCCACCUACCGCAACCGGCCCGCGACCAACGGCCCAUAACCGUCCACCUCCCGCGAGUCGGCCACCUCCUUCUCCUACCCCUCAGGAAGGCGCUGCCGAUCCCACUCUGCUACCGCUAUUCAAAGCUGUCGACAAGAACAAUACCGGUCAGCUCUCCGAAAAGGAACUAUCGGCCGCUCUCGUAAAUGGCGACUGGACGGCUUUCGACCCGCAGACGGUGCGCAUGAUGAUCCGCAUGUUCGACAGUGAUCGGUCGGGGACGAUCGGAUUCGACGAAUUCUGCGGACUAUGGUCAUUCCUAGCAUCGUGGCGAGCACUGUUCGACCGAUUCGACGCGGACCGCAGCGGCAACAUUAGUCCCGACGAAUUUAGCAACGCCCUCGUGGCCUUCCGCUACCGCCUUAGCCCCGGUUUCGUCGACCUCCUCUUCCGCACCUACGACAAGCGUAACGAGGGCGUCAUGAGCUUCGACCUCUUCGUUCAGGCCUGUAUCAGCCUUAAGCGUAUGACGGACGUCUUCAAGAAGUAUGACGAGGACCGCGACGGUUACAUUACUCUCAGCUUCGAGGACUUCCUCGUCGAGAUCUUAAAGCAGCUCAAGUGAAGUUGAGACCCGGAGAUUUUAAGUUAUACCUAUGGCUUUCCACGGAAUUGUUAGUAUGGGGGGUGAGCAAAGCCAAUGGUGAGGGUUGCCGUAUUUCUACAUAUAC